GGAAUUUUCGCUUACUUGAACUACUUGACUCCGAAAUCAAGAGAAGAAAUUUUAAAACUUCUUGUUGGAGGAUUGAAGAGAUUGGAGUAUCGAGGAUAUGACUCUGCUGGUGUAGCAGUGGAUGAAUCCAAUGGACAUGAUAUUGCUGUUAUUAAAAAAACAGGAAAAGUUCAAUCUUUAGUAGAUGAAAUAUUUAACCGUACAGAUCUUAAGUUUGAUGGCGUAGCUGAAAGUCAUGUUGGUAUUGCUCAUACUCGUUGGGCGACCCAUGGUGCUCCAUCAGAGCUUAAUUCUCACCCUCAGAGAUCAGACGUAGAUCAUGGUUUUCUUGUAGUGCACAAUGGUAUCGUGACUAAUUAUAAGGAAGUGAAGACUCUUCUUCAACAAAGAGGAUAUGUAUUUGAGAGUGAAACAGAUACGGAAGUAAUUGCUAAACUUAUUCAUCAUCUCUGGACUCAACAUCCAUCUUAUUCAUUUAGAGAACUUGUUGAACAAGUUAUUCAACAAUUGGAAGGUGCAUUCGCUUUGUGUUUCAAAAGUAAAUUUUUCCCCGGAGAAUGUGUGGCCACAAGAAGAGGAUCGCCUCUAUUAGUCGGGAUUAAGACAAAAACUCGCUUGAUUACAGACCAUGUUCCAAUUCUCUAUGGGAAAGAUCAUAGACCCCAUGGACGAAAUGCCGAUGUUCCAGUUAUCGCUCGUAGUGAUAGUACUGCUGAAUUUCAGCCAUCGGUUGAAAAAGAAGUUGAAUACUUUUUUGCCUCAGAUGCUAGUGCUGUUAUCGAGCAUACUGACCGUGUCAUAUUUCUCGAGGAUGACGAUGUUGCUGCCGUAAAAGAAGGUACAUUAAGUAUUCAUCGUUUACGUCGGUGUAUGGAUGAUCCUCAUGCUCGUGAAAUAACAACCCUUAAGAUGGAGAUUCAGCAAAUUAUGAAGGGAAAUUAUGAAUACUUCAUGCAAAAAGAAAUUUUCGAACAACCAGAGUCUGUAGUUAAUACCAUGAGAGGUCGUUUGAAUUUCCAAAAUAACUCAGUUACUCUCGGAGGAAUUACUGAUUAUAUACCGGAAAUUAAGAGAUGUCGUCGUCUAAUGUUGAUUGGAUGCGGAACAAGUUACCAUUCAGCUGUAGCAACGCGCCAGCUUCUGGAAGAGUUAACUGAAUUACCUGUAAUGGUUGAGCUGGCGUCAGACUUUUUAGAUAGAAAUACUCCAGUAUUUCGUGAUGACGUUUGUUUCUUUAUCUCACAAUCUGGUGAAACAGCUGAUACACUUAUGGCAUUGCGAUACUGCAAAGGACGUGGUGCUUUAAUUGUCGGUAUAACAAAUACUGUUGGUAGUAGUAUUUCUCGAGAAUCUCAUUGUGGUGUUCACAUUAAUGCUGGUCCGGAAAUUGGUGUGGCUAGUACAAAAGCUUAUACAUCGCAAUUUAUUUCUCUUGUUAUGUUCGCACUUGUCAUGAGUGAAGACAGAAAUUCAUUAGGCCCCCGACGUAUGGAGAUUAUUGAAGGCUUGAAAAAUUUAGACAGUCAAAUCCGAGAGGUAUUGAAGCUUGAUAAUAAAGUUAAAGAAUUAGCUAAAUCAUUGUAUCAAUUCAAAUCCUUACUUAUUAUGGGCAGGGGCUACAACUUUGCAACAUGUAUGGAAGGAGCAUUGAAAGUCAAAGAAUUAACAUACAUGCACAGUGAAGGAAUAAUGGCUGGUGAAUUAAAACACGGACCUUUGGCUCUGGUAGAUGAUUCGAUGCCUAUUAUUAUGAUUGUAAUGAGGGAUCCAGUUUAUAAUAAAUGUAUGAAUGCAUUGCAACAAGUUACGGCAAGAGAUGGUAAACCUAUCGUUAUUUGUCAUGAUGGAGAUGAAGACACCAAAUCACUGGCAUCACGAGUAUUGGAAAUACCAAAAACUGUUGAUUGUCUUCAAGGUAUACUCACUGUCAUUCCAAUGCAAUUAUUAUCAUUCCAUAUCGCAGUACUUAAAGGCUGUAAUGUUGAUUGUCCAAGAAAUCUCGCCAAGUCUGUCACCGUUGAA